UGGUUAUGUUUUGUUCUGCCCGGAAACGGUACGGCGGGCAGUUUAAACAACCGGAUGUGACGUGAAGAAGAAAACGGUUUUCGGCGUCGCUUCGGUUCAAAAUAAACAAAAGUUCGUGCGGCUCGUUUCCCUCUGGGACUCGAUGGUUGGUUUUACAAACGUUUAGCUCCGUCGGAUGUUUCCUUCAUGUGCACGUGGACGUCGUGACGCCGGCGGAGCUAGCGGCUAGCCCCGCUGCUAGCUGCUGGGGUGAGAAGAUGAAGAGGAAACUGGUGAAACUGAGACCGAGCCCCAACGAGGAGGCUCGGAUCCUAAGAGAAGAACACGAGAGGAGGCGGAAGCUGCGGAUACAGCAGGUGCGGGAGCAGCAGCGGCACAUCGCUCAGCAGAUCCGCCUGGCGGUGGAGCAGAGGCGGCAGCAGGAGCUGGAGCUGCUGGGGGAGCGGCUGCGGCUGGACUGGGAGCAGCAGCAGCAGGAGAAGCUCCACACGCUGCAGAGGUUGUACCAGGAGAGUCUCCAGCAGCUCGGACAGGGACACAGGAGUGCUAAGGAAAAUGAACCCGACUUGGCCGCCAUUGCUCAGAGGGAGGAAGAAAAUCACGCCAAAGCAGAUCAGCGUUAUCGAGAAGCCCUGAAGGAGCUGAAAUCCCAGAGACUUAAAGAACAUGAGAGACAAAGCCAACUCAUCAGCUCCAGGAAGAAGGCACUGCAGACAGAAAAGGAGAGAUCCGCAAAACUGGCCCGUCUCCCGCCGCCUCCCCCCAACCCCGUUCAGAACAUCGAUUAUAAGAAGCCCCACGUAGUGAAGAAGUCUGAUGUGAGCGCCUUCGCUACCACACACUACAACAUGCCAGAGAGCACGGUGGACAGAGAGGAAGACACACAGCAGAUGAAUGCUCAUGAGGCGGCUGAGCUGGAGGCGAUGAGACGGCAGGAGCUGCAGAGGGACGAAUUGAGGAGGAGAGGGGAACAGCUUGAGAAGGCUCGCGCCAGAGGGAGGCAGGCACUGAGGAGGGAACAGCUCGUACAGGACCGUGAGCGCUUGCUUGUAGAACUGGAGCACAUGCAGCAGACCGACCUGCUGAGGAGGAGACAGCAGGUGUCACAGAUGCCUCCUCAGAUCUUCCAGCCUCUCUACAAGAGACAGGAGACGAGGGACGACUUCCAGAGGGAGAUUGAGUUUGCUUUUGAGGACAUGUACACAGGAGAGAGGAGGGACAAAGGUGACCUGGUGCUCCAGCUGGCUCCGGAGCCCAUACCAGCUCUGUCCACAGGCAGCAAGGACCAAGAGCUGGACGUCACUCUGGAUGAGAUCACCACACCGGGAACAGAACACUCUCCACAUGAAGCUGAGCAAGAGGCUGAGAGCAAUGAGCAGGAAACAUCUGCUCAAGGAUUUUCAGUGGAACCCUCCAAACCUGCUCCUCGGCGGGCGUUGAAGAAACUCCUGGAUCGUAUCAGAGGUCAGAGGAACCAGUCGACUGAACACAGCAGGCGUGUCUCUCCAGCCGAUUCACUGACUGUCAUGACUGAUCAGAUCCCAGAGCGCGACACCACCAUAGAGACGGGCUCCCUGACCAGUGGGGAGAAGGACCAACCAGCUCCCAUUGAGCUCCUGCAGCCGGUUCUCUCUCCACCAGAGAAAACAUCCACGAUCGGCAGCUCAGUGGAGACGUCACCUGCAGCAAAUACUCGACAACCCGAUGAGCUCGCAAACAGAAUCCAAGACUUUGGAGAAGAACGAAAGAAAAGGGAGGAGCAGCUUGAGCGGGAGAAGCAGCAGCAGUUGGUUUUGCUGCAGGAGCUUGAAAAGCAGAAGGUCAAACUGGAGCAGAUGCUGCUGGAGGCUCAGCAUGAGAGGGAGCAUCUGAAAGCUGCUGCUGGGAAGCAGGAAGUGGAUUUCAACCGAUCAGACGGAACUGACCAGGAUCAGGAAGUGGUCUCGGUUCUCACUGGUCCAGCAACUGAGCUGGAGCCCCCUGCAGGUGAGGAUGACCACCACCGGAGGAUUAGAGAAUAUCAACAACGUCUGCUGGAACAAAACAGAACUCACCAGAGGUCCGUGGAAGUGGCUCGCCAGCGUCUGGAGGAAUACCAGCGAGCUCUGCGAAUUCGUUACAGCAUGACCUCCCCAUUGUUGCAGUCGGCUGUCGUUCCUCCAGGUCACCCACCGCUGCAUCUUCCAACCCCUCCACCUCUAACUACAACUCCUGGAGUCCCAUCAUUCAUCCAUAAUAAACCACUGACCUCAAUAGAAGUUCCCACUAGAGAGUCUGACAUUCUGGUUUCACCUCCUCUUACUGGCUCCAGUUUGAGCGCUGGUUUCAAGCUGCUACCUGGAGAAGUGGAAUCUCGCUCAAAUUGUUCAAGGAACCAAAGAGCAGACGUGAGCUCCUGGCUCACCGACAACAUAAUGGAGAGAGUAACCGAGCACCUCCCACAGAGGGUGAGACCCUCGUCGCUCAAAACAGAGCCUCCGCCUCACAAACUGUUCACAUCACAUCCCUCAACCAACAUCCCACUCCAGCGAUCCUCUGAUCCCAUCCAGGCCACCAGCUCGAGCAUCUGGGAUGAUGCACCACGGGUUCCAGGCCAUGCAGAGGUUCAGCCCGGGGUCGUGUUUCAUGGUUCCCUGCAGACGAUGAGCUCCAGAAGAGACGACAAGGAGAGGCAGAGGCGGGAGCUGCAGGAGUUCCAGAGGCGUGUGCAGGAGCAGAAGGAGGCGAUAGAGCUGCAGAAAGAAGAGGAGAGGCUGAGGGGAGAGCUGCAGAAGGUGCACAAGCAGGAAGUGGAGCUGCAGGAGUUCCAGAGACGGAAAGUAGAGCUGCAGGAGUUCCAGAGACGGGAAGUAGAGCUGCAGGAGUUCCAGAGGCGUGUGCAGGAGCAGAAGGAGGCGAUAGAGCUGCAACAAGAGGAGAGGCGGAGGGGAGAGCUGCAGGAGUUCCAGAGACGGGAAGUAGAGCUGCAGGAGUUCCAGAGACGGGAAGUAGAGCUGCAGGAGUUCCAGAGGCGUGUGCAGGAACAGAAGGAGGCGAUAGAGCUGCAACAAGAGGAGAGGCGGAGGGGAGAGCUGCAGGAGGUGCAUAAGCGGGAAGUGGAGCUGCAGGAGUUCCAGAGACGCAUGCAGGAGCGGAGGGAGGUUGUAGACCUGCAGCAAGAGGAGAGGCGGAGGGUAGAGCUGCAGGAGGUGCAGAGAAACAUGCAGGAGCAGAGACGGGAAGUAGAGCUGCAGGAGCAGAGAAGGGAAGUAGAGCUGCAGGAGUUCCAGAGACGUGUUCAGCAGCAGAGGGAGGCAGUAGAGCUGCAGCAAGAAGAGGGGAGGCAGAGGGGAGAGCUGCAGGAGGUGCAGAGAAACAUGCAGGAGCAGAGACGGGAAGUAGAGCUGCAGGAGCAGAGAAGGGAAGUAGAGCUGCAGGAGUUCCAGAGACGUGUUCAGCAGCAGAGGGAGGCAGUAGAGCUGCAGCAAGAAGAGGGGAGGCAGAGGGGAGAGCUGCAGGAGGUACAGAGACGCAUGCAGGAGCAGAGGGAGGUGGUAGAGCUGCAGCAGGAAGAUGAGAAGCGGAGGCGGGAAGAUGAGAUGGAGCAGAUGAGGCAGCAGAAGGAGACGUUAAAGGCUUUGAUUCAUACUGACGCACAACCAGUUCCAGACGUUUCCAGUGAAGAGUUGGUUUCAGAGAACACGGGUCAGACUCGCCUCAGGUUACUUGCGUUCCUGCUGAAAGCGAUCGAGGAGUCUAACGGAGGAACGUUGUCACACCUCCAAGACCCCGACACCAGAGAGGCCACCCUUCACCUACCACUGGGUGGCAGUGAUCCCAUCGCUCAGACCAGUGUUCCUGCUCCCGUCCUCCUGCCAGAGCUCCUCCCUCCUCCAGUCCGAGCAGCGAAGCCCCCAGUGACCCGCAUCCGACUGGGAAUCAUGGAGGCGACUGAACAACACGAGCUCAGUGCGAUUCAAGAGGUGGAGACGUCCGUCAUGAACGACAAAGUCACAGGUCCAGAGAAGAACCUGAAGGUACCAUCAGCUGUAAAAUGGGAUCUGGAAGAGGAAUCCGAUUUGUCCAUCUCAUCUGACAGAACUCUGGACACGCCCUCUGUGUCCAGCAGCGGGAAACGGACGGUGGACAGCUCGAGCAGCUCCGGGACAAACUCUGAGACGUCCCACCAUCACAUCUGGAGAGAGAGACUGCUGACGGGAGCAGUGACCUCUCCAGAAUCCUCAGAGCCUGAUUCAGUCCUGAGAAGGAUCUCGCCUCCUUCGUCUGACUCUGGGAGAGGAGCUGACGUCUCUGGACCGGCAGCCACAAGCUACAGGUCCUUCACAGAGUCUCCCCUCAGGCCUCCUGACCCCGACUGCUUCUCCUCCACCACCAUCUCCAGCGGCAGCUACAUCACCACCGAUCCUGAGCAAAACGUGAACACUGACACAUCCCCAGCUGUCACGCUCUGUGAGGAACAAGGAGCUGAUGUCCUCGACGUCUCCUCUCCGACCGCUCAACUCUCCUUCAUCAAGGACACGUCGGCUGCACGUCGUCAUGGUGUCGCCGUUCAGACUCUGUUCAACGACGGCAGCAUUCAGCGAAUUAUAGAGCGAUACACGAGGGAGCUCGACUUCUCCCUCAGCUCCGCCGGGAGAGCGACAGACAGUGAAGCCUCGUAUGUGGACGAGCCCGGUUCUGUGGGUGGAGCCUCGGAGGGCGAAGGCGCUGCAGGUCGUCAGACUCCUCCCCCAGGGCCUCGGACUCAAAGUGACCUGUCAGUUGAUCUGUUUUUGUUACAGGAUCGAGACUUUCGUGUCAAUCCAAUCCUGGAUCCCUUCUCAGGUGACACCUCAUUACAGGCUGAGGACUCGUUCAGGCCUCUGAUUGGCCAGCUGGCAGAGCAGUCCUCCUGCCUCGCUGCUGACCAGAGGGACUCGGCCAUGGAGCGACUGGUCGGUCAACCGUCGGCUCACUCGUCCAUGAUCGGUCAGCUUCAAGUGAGCGUGGGUCAAGGGGCGUGGGAUUCCAGUCUGAGUCGGAUGAUUGGUCGACUCUCCCAUCGGUCCAGCGUUAAUGGUCGGAGCGGCUGGCAGGACGCGAGUCAGCUGAUGGGUCCGAUGGUGGAGGAGCCGUCGACCACGUGGUUGGAUGAAGUUCAGGAGGAAAGCCAGAUGAGACCUCUGGUCGGGGAGCCAGACACCGAUCAGCACAGUGGAGUCUCAGGUGAAUGGACCAACAUGGAUCCCAGUGUCCCAGCUGAGGCCAGUUUACCAUCACACCCAGCAUCGACACACUGUGCCUCUGCCCCGGCUGCCAGUCCACAUCCACAGGACCAGAUACCACAGAACCAAACCAGUCCAAUGGACCUGGACCCCGAAAGGACAGACGGUGAGAAAACAGUGACUUCAAGUGACCAAAGACCUUAUGUUUUUCCAGGCUCGGACUCUUUCCACCCGCUGCUGGCUGAGCUCACCCACAACGACACAGCCGACCCCUCCAUGACCUUUCACCUGCUCUCACACAAAGUGCUGUCCUCACCGGAGCUGAGCAGUGAAGAGUCCAGUGCCUCCUCUCCUCCUGGAGGCUCUGACACUCACAGUGACUCCUCUCCUCCUGGAGGCUCUGACACUCACAGUGAUUCCUCUGUCGAGUCCGAGCCGUCGCCUGAACGCCUUCGCUCGGAGGAUCCUGCCUCACACCAACUCCUCCAGGACCAAACCCAGGAAUCUGCCCUCGUGCUGGAAGACACCAUGAGUGCAGACGUGGAGCUGAGUCUGUCAAAAUUAACCAUGUGUGAUGAAGCACCUGCUGCAGGCACGUCACAGCCAGCAGGAGGCGCUGCAGACAGGUUUCAGGAUUCAGUUCAAGUCAGAGACGUUUGUGAAGAAAUGACGUCUGAGCCGGGCUCCGACCUGAGGAGGGAUACUCCCCUCUUCCGUAGGAUUAUGGAAGCAGCCUGUGAGAAGGGGAUCCUGGAGCAGUCGGAGAUAACACUGGUGAGUCUGACCGACGAAGACACGACCAUCACUGAGGAAGAGGGAGUUUGUGAAGAGAACAAUCCAGAUGAGGAAGGACAGAAAAGCAAAGAGACAAAGGAGGCAGAAUCCACGUCAUCUGAGGACGGAGCUCGAACUCAUCCAGUGCCGGUCCUGGACGUUCACUGGGGUCUGAGCAGACGCCUGCAGGACGUGAACGAGCAGAAGCGCAAGGCUCUGAUCCAGAGAUCCUCUCGCAGGGUGGAAGGCAUCAAGGCCAAAGUGGCUCUGAACAAGAAUCGAGCUGAGUCUGAAGCAAGAGAAGAGGAAACCGAACUUCAAACAGAGUCACAGGCUGGAGAGAGUAAAACGUCUGGUUUCAUCCAGAAGAACAAGUGUCAGCCUCCACCUCCAGCGAGCGCCUCUAUGCUGAAAGAGGUGAAGCUCUACGGCCCAGAGCAGCGGAAGCGGGACGUGUGUGAGAUGUACCAGAGAACUCAGAGACUGUUCCAUCAGCUGGAGGAGGUGAAGCAGCAGAAAACCAUCCGGAGCCGACGGGAAGCUUCGGCACAAAAUCGACUGAAGGCCAAAGAAUUCCACAAGAAAACUUUAGAGAAGCUUCGAGCCAAGCAGACGCAGCAGUGACUCACUGUGAAAGUUUUACUUUUUAAAGUUUUAUCAAUAAAGUAUUUAAGUUAUUUAA